AUCAUUCCGGAACUCCAUUGACAGAAACUAAAACUCUCGUCCAGAAUCAAGCAUUUCUUGAUCGAAACUCGAAGUCUGGAUUGAAAACUCGAACCUCGCUCAAGUCUGAUGCUGGGUCCGAUGAAACAGUGAGGGAAGAUUGUUGCCGUAUUAAGAGCCCAUGGUUGUAGGAAGGGGAUUGAUUUGGGGUUGUUUCACUCUGCGACUGUAAUGCUUGGGAUAUUCGAAGCUUGAGGGAGAGCUAAAGAGAAGCAGGAAACUGCUGGAAACUGAAGUGGAUUAAUGGGCUUUAAUGCGUUGGUAUUAUUAUGGUGUUAAAUUUGUAGUUUUGGAAUGAGUCGUGCGUUACUUCCUAGACAUGUAGCUGCAGUGGUUAAAUACCAGAAGGAUCCUCUGAGAGCGCUUGAAAUGUUCAAUUCAGUGAAGAAAGAAGAGGGUUUUAAGCACACAUUGUUAACUUAUAAGUGCAUGAUUGACAAGCUUGGCUUCCAUGGAGAAUUUGAGGCCAUGGAGAACUUGCUAUUUGAAAUGAGGUCAAAUAUAGACAGUAGUUUGCUUGAAGGAGUUUAUGUUGGGUGCAUGAGAAAUUAUGGUCGGAAAGGGAGGGUUCAAGAAGCCAUUAAUGUGUUUGAGAGGAUGGAUUUCUAUAAUUGUGAGCCAACAGUUUUAUCUUAUAAUGCAAUCAUGAAUAUUUUGGUUGAAUAUGGGUAUUUCAGUCAAGCCCACAAAGCAUAUAUGACAAUGAUGGAUAAAGGAAUUCUUCCUGAUGUGUACACUUUCACAAUUAGGAUAAAGUCUUUCUGUAAGACAAAGAGACCUCAUGCAGCUCUGAGGCUUCUUAGAAACAUGCCUUCUCAAGGAUGCAAGGUCAAUGCAGUUGCUUAUUGUACUGUGGUUGGUGGUUUUUAUGAAGAGAAUCAGCAAGUCAAUGCAUACAAGUUGUUUGAUGAGAUGCUCACACUUGGGAUUUGUCCUAACAUUACUUCAUUUAAUAAACUUAUGCACAUUCUUUGUAGGAAGGGAGAUGUUCAAGAAAGUGAGAAGCUUCUCAACAAGGUUUUUAAGAGGGGAGUUUGUCCAAAUUUGUAUACAUACAAUAUAAUUAUCCAAGGGCUUUGUAGAAAAGGUGUGGUUAGUGAUGCUGUCAAUUUAUUAGAGAGUGUGACUAGGGAAGGUCUAAGACCAGAUGUUGUCACAUAUAACACAUUGAUAUGUGGCUUGUGUAAGAACUCCAAGGUUGCAAAGGCUGAAUGCUAUCUGCAUAAAAUGGUGAAUGAAGGAUUGGAGCCUGAUGGUUUUACCUACAAUUCUAUAAUUAAUGGAUACUGCAAAUUGGCUGAGAUGCAAAAUGCAGAUAAGGUACUCAAAGAUGCAGUUUUCAAGGGCUUUGUUCCUGAUGAAUUCACUUUUUGCUCUCUAAUCAAUGGACUAUGCCAGGACGGUGAUACAGAUCGUGCUAUGGCUGUAUACAAUGAGGCUUUAGGAAGAGGAUUGAAGCCUAAUAUCUAUCUAUGCAACACCCUUAUCAAAGGGUUGUCUGAGCAGGGACUCAUUUUGCAAGCAUUGCAGCUGAUGAAUGAGAUGUCAGAAAAUGGUUGUAGCCCUGAUAUAUGGACUUACAAUAUAGUUAUAAAUGGAUUAUGUAAGAUGGGUUGUGUCUCUGAUGCUCAUAAUCUGCUAAAUGAUGGAAUUGCAAAAGGGUACCUUCCUGACAUUUUUACGUUCAAUUCAUUGAUUGAUGGUUUCUGUAAACAGUUGAAAGUGGAAAACGCAAUUGAGAUUCUAAAUCAAAUGCGGAGUUACAAUAUUACUCCUGAUGUGACCACAUAUAACUCUGUAUUGAAUGGCCUCUGCAAGACCUCAAAGUAUGAAGAUGUGAUGGAAACAUUUAAAGUCAUGACAGAAAAGGGUUGUAUCCCUAACAUAAUUACAUAUAAUAUACUUUUUGAGAGCCUCUGCAAAGCUCGGAGAGUAAAUGAAGCCUUGAACUUUCUUGAGGAAAUACAGGACAAGGGUCUUACUCCAGAUAUUGUAAGUUUAGGCACACUGAUUAAUGGCUUUUGCAAGAAUGGAGACUUGGAGGGGGCCUACCAGCUAUUUAGGAGAAUGGAACAAAAAUACAAUGUUUCUCACACAACAGCAACCUAUAAUAUCAUGAUUAAUGCUUUUGUUGAGAAGCUAAACAUCCAAAUGGCUGAAAAACUUUUCCAUGAGAUGGAUGAAAAUGGUUUUCUGCUGGACAGUUACACUUACCGUGUCAUGAUUGAUGGCUUUUGUAAAACAGGUAAUGUUGAUUCUGGUUAUAAUUUCCUGCUGGAAAAGGUUGAGAAGGGUUUCAUCCCUUCUUUGAUAACAUUUGGACGGGUAAUGAACUGUCUUUGUGUGGAGCAUAGAGUUCAUGAGGCAGUUGGUCUCAUCCACCUGAUGGUGCACAAGGGUAUUGUUCCUGAGGUUGUGGCCACAAUUUUUGAGGCAGACAAAAGAGAUGUAGCUGCUCCAAAGAUUGUUGUGGAGGAUAUGUUGAAGAAAGGUCAUAUCACUUAUUAUGCUUAUGAACUCUUAUAUGAUGGAGUUAGAGACAAAAAACUACUUAAAAAGAAGCUUCGAAGUGGAAGCAUGAUUUGAGAAGUUCAUUUUAUGUUGAUGAAUCAGAUUCUUGAUUAGAAAGGACAAAAUCAUAUACCUUGGUAUGGAAUUGCUUGAGUGAUGAAAGAAACGUUGAAUGCAAAGCUGGUAGGUGAAAGCAUCUUAGAAGUUCCUCUUCAAACAAAUUGUAGUGCUGGUCCAAGUCUCUCAAUUCUUACUCAAAGUGUACAUGUUAAGGUGGAACUUCUUUGCCAUACCAGUUAGAGCAAGAGAAUAAUAACUCAUGAUCAAUAGCUUCAACUCAUUAAGGGGUGCAUUUCUCAUCAAAGACUCUUUUCUGAAAAUGCUCAGCCUGCAAUUCAGUAUAUUGAUGUGCUUCCUAGUUAUUAAUAACAGAAAGGGGCAAUCACAUUUCUUCACAUCAUUGCUGGCACUUCCUUUACCACACUUUCUUCAUUAAUGAAAGUGUCAGAGUCAGAAAGGUUGAAUUUUAUUCCCUCUUAAUUGCAUCUAUUAUGAAGCAUGAGUCAUUGAGGUACACCAUGGAAUUCAGCUCGCAGCUGUUAGAGAUGUGCACAUUCAAGCGGAUGUAGAAUAAUCAACAGAAGAAAGUCGAAGAAAAGAGUAUUUAUUCUUCAAAGGGCGAAGGCAUUGCUGGAACGAGGAUGUUCUAUCCUAAAAUCCAAUUCCCAGGUUGCUUGUUAUGCAUCAUCACUUAACAUUGGAGCAGAUUCUGGCACUGGAGAGAAGAAAAUGUUUGCAUCUUCCAAGUUAUACACCCAAGUCCCAGGUCAAUCUUCUUUGCUGCUAGCUAUCCAAGUUCAACAUUUCCUUGUUAUGGACAUACUCGAACAUCCAAUCAUUCUUUUAGGAGCUUGUGGUAUAAAGACACUGAAGGCAUUUUGUUCGUAAUUGUAUUUUUUAGUUACUAUGCUUUAUGCACAAUCAAGUGGUUUUGUCAUAUGAAUGCUAAUUACUAAGAAAGGGUCUCUUUGUUU